AUGUUCAGAAGAAAUGGUACUUUAGUGGGAAUAAAGAAACAAACUGGUAAUAAAUUGGAAAUUUUAUUGAAACCUUUACUAAGACUAAAUAAUCAAGAACCAUUUAAGACCGGUCAACAUUCAGUUUCAGUCACAGGGUUACUUCGAUUGAAUGAAGAAGGGAGUUCAAAAUUUCUUCAAACAAAUCAUCAGUUGGAGUUUUUCAAUAAUGUAAUUCAAGAAUUUUCCAAAAUAAUUCCGGUAGAUGAACAAAGGAUAACUACAAAUGGUAAAUGGCAAAAUGACCCCACUUUCCCCAAAAAAGUGUUGUUGUCAUUUACUAUUAAUGAAGCUAAAAGUGCCAUGGAACCAAGUUCCAAAACAAUCUUUGAUAAUUUGGGCACUUUGAUUGAAAGAAAAAGGUUUACUGCACUUUCUAAUUAUGAAUAUUCUUCAUUAAUCGAUGAAAGUGCAUCCUUUACAAUAACCAGUUAUUUUGGAAAAUUUUUGCCACUAAUUAUAAUAUUUUUAGUAAGUAUGAUAAUAUUAAUAAUAUUAUAUUUUUUGGCACGUUGGAAGAACCCUGAAGCUAGAAACAUUGCCAUAUUUGAGACUGCAUUAAUAAUGCAGGAUUUUGCUGUGGAUUUAACAUUUGCAUUAUUAAGGGUUCAUAAUACUCCACACCUAAUAAUCCCAAAUAUGGUAUUCCUUGUUGUACCGCAUGUAGUCAGUUUAUUAUUGGCUAUAAAUAUUCUUUUGUCUGAAGUAGCUAAGAAUCCAACAUUCCAUACUUGGUUUUCAGAGCUUCCAACACUAUUAUCAAUUUGUACAAUAUUUUCAGCCAUUGAUAUACUAGCAAUAAAUACUUUGACAUCAAAUUUAUUUGGUCUCAAAAUAUUUUCAGCCCCAUUAUCACAAAGAUCAAGAGAUAUUAUACUUUGGGGUAGUUUCAUAAAUAUUUUUGCUGAAGAUAUACCACAGUUGAUUAUACAGAUAUUAUACUUUAAUAGUGUUGUGACAUACGAUUUUAUUCCAUCACUUGUAAUUAUAUCUGGUGGAUUAGUUAUAAUGAAUAAACUAAUUUUAAGAUCGUAUCAGGCAUUAAUAAGAUGGAGUCAUCGGCGUGAUGAAAUUAGAAACUUUAUUAGAGAUAGACGUUUAUCAGCUGGUUCUAUAAGAUCAUUAAGGUCAAAUAUUUAGCAUUCUACUACAGAUUUUUAUUUGUAAAUUAUGAUAUUUUUACCAUCAAUUUAAUAAAAAUAUAAU